GUCCCCAACAGCGUCAAAGUCCCCGGCGACGUUGCAGCCUUCUGGCUCGCCAACGAUGUCGAAGGCUGCCUCGACACCUUUCAAGAUAGCUUUCCCGUUCAAGAAGAAGGAUGCGCCGCCGCCUUCGCCGGCCUCUGCGUCGUGGGCUGCGAGCAACCCGUUUGAGGCGAGGUUGGGUCAGUCGACUUCGACGACUGGUGUGGAUGCCAGUGGGAGUACGGGUACGACUGGCACGAGUGCUGCAGGCACGAGCGGGGUUGCGUCAGGGCCGGCGACGACAGCCAACCCAUCCACGUCGCCUACAAGCGCGGUGGGACCUUCUUCGUCCCCUACGAGCGUGACGAGGCCACCUCUGCUUUCAAAGAAACCAACAACGAUUGCUUUCCCGUUCAAGAAAAUGAAGGAGCCUGCUCUAGUCCUUGAUCAAGGAUCCACGCCGGCUUCGAUACGGGCAAGGCCGGCGAGCCCGUCCGCUCCACCGUCUUCUGCUGCAGCGAAUGCUACACUCCAGCCCGCGGAUUCUGGCCCACAGCCAACGAAGUUGACGUCCUCCGCUUCGUCGCCUGUCGUAACCACCCAGCCAGCGAAAGCCGCGGCGCUCUCUCCCUCUGCUACGCACCCAGCGAUCCUGGCGGCCUCUGCGUCUGCAGAUGCCCUGGCGACCUUUGCUACGCAUCCAGCGGUGCUAGCAACCUCCCCUCCAGCGACCGCACCUGCGCCGGCGACCUCGACGUCUGUGGUUGCUUCAACGCAUAAAUCCGGCACCUACCCGUAUAUGCCUCGUACUGCGCCUGCGCCUGCACCACCGCCGAAGCCCCUGUUCACGCGGAAGAAGACGGCGACGGCAGCUGCAUCCGCCGCGCCCGGCGCGAGCGCGUCCGCGUCAAGCUCCCAAACCGCGUCAACGGCCAGCACCUCGAACACGGCGCAUCCUCCGCAAGCCCUGACGUUCAAGCACUUGCAGGUGGUGUACAAGCUGGAGAACGACGGGACGUGGACAUGCAGGCUGUGCGCUGCGCUGUCGAAGACGAGGAAGUUUGGGAAGGAUGCCAAACUACCGGAACUCGCGGACCAUGUGAAGGAUGUGCAUCCGCUUGCAGCGAACGAGCUGUCGGGUGUGAGGAACUGGGAGCUGACGGAGAUGAGGGGGAGGUUGGGGCUGGGGGUGGCGAGGAAGUGAUGGGUUUCCAGGGAUAAGUUCAUGAUAUUUACAUAGAGGUGUGGAUAUGCACAUUGUACCACUUACUACUUCGCGCUGGUGUACCGAGUCUGUAUGCUCAUGAUACCAAGUUUCUGUCACAUUUAAAUCUAUAUCUAGGUCUCUGUGGCUCCC